AUGAAAAAUUUAGAAUAAGAAAAUGAAAAACUUCGAAAGGCUAUAAAAGAUAAAAAGCAACAAAUAUCUGAAGCAAAUACGACGAUACUACAAUAUCAAAAUAGUAUUGAAGAAUAUGAUCAAGAAAAAUAAACAAUUAUACAGGAUAUAAAUGAGUUAAUCAAUAAAAAAGAUAAAAAUUUUGAUAAGAGAAUUAAGGGAAUUAUAGAAAGACUUCCUUGCUAGAUAGAACAGAAAAGUUUAUAAUAUUUGACAAAAUCUAUUAUAAAUAAAGGAUUGAAUGUGUUGAAUGAUCUGAAUAUUGCCUAUAAGAAUGCCUACAAAGAAGAAUACAAUAAGUCUUAAGAUGCAAAACCCUAACCCUUAAUAGAAUCAUAUUUUAUAAUUAUACUUAAGCAUAAGGAUAUUACGGAUCUGUAGAAAGAGGAGACAAUAUUGAAGCCGAAGUUUUUAUAUCAACUAUGCAAUUCAGGGUGGACAUCAAAAGAAAGAGAAAGCUGGGUUGACUACUAAAAGGAUAUAAUAACUCAUUUCGAUAAUAAUUAUGUUGUUGUAGAAAGACUAGAUGAUAUUUCAAAAAUAUAGAAUUUAAUUACUAAGUGUCUAAAUAAAUAAGAUGUGUUAUAAGAAAACUCUUUUAUUUUUAAUCUCCAAGGUUCAUCAUUUGAUGAGUAGGUGCCAAAAAAUAUUGAAUUGUUAGCAAGUGUUAACCCAAACAAAUAAUUGUUCGCCUUUGUCUAGGGUGUUGAUGAUUAUAUUACAAGUUUUUCAGAUGAAGGGUUUUCUUAUUGGCCGUGUAAAAAGUACUAUUGUUUUUUGACAUAUUUUCCAAUCCCUGAAAUAUUUGAUCAACUUUUAAAAUUCGCAUCCAACUUAAUUUAAGCAUCUAGAUUGGAGGCAAUUAUAAAAUAUUAAGACUAUAUAAAUUAAAGAUUGUAAAUGACAUUAGAGGAGAAAAAUGAAUAUAACUAAAAAAUAUAUUAGGAUAUAGAUGCAGUUAAUAUUCAUUAUAGAGUAGAAAGUAUUAUGGAAGAGUGUAUCAAAUUAUUAAUGGGCUAAUAUCUCGAUUUUGAUAAACCAAGCAUAAAUGUGGACUUGUAAAGUAAGUUACCUAAUACCUUCAAUGUUACACAAAAAACACUAAUUUAUUCCUUACCAAUCUAAUAAAGGAAUAUGAAUAUUCCUGAAAACCUUAAACAAAUAAGGUAUGAAAUAGUAAAAAAUAAUAACAUUAAAUAUGCUCAUGUUGUGCAACAGAUCUUCAACUUUGAUACCUUUAUUAAAAUCUUUCAGGAGAUCUUAAAAGAAGGAAAUAUUGUAUUCUACUGCCAAAAUCUCUAUAUUUUAACCUCUGUUUGUUACUUCUUUCAUUAAAUAAUUUAUCCCUUCAUAUGGUUUGAUGCAGCAAUAUACUAUUCAAAUCGAGAGAAAUUAAACAUAUUGGUUGAAAAAGGUAGGUUUAUAAUAGGAAUUAAUACAACUUUUUAUAAUAAUAAAGCAAACUAAAAAAUAAUUGAAUCUAAAAAUUUGAUGAUUGUAGAUUUAAAAAUCAAAUAGGAAAAAGAGGGCUUCAAAGUUUAGCCGAUCAUACACUAAAAUAAGCCUGGCAACAUUGGGUUUUCAGUAUUGACAAGGCAAUUUUUUUAAAUCAAAUAACUUUUGAAAGAUGAAAAUGUUCCAGCUUCUAUUUUCUAAUAUUGUAUCGAUGCAAAUCAAGCCGCUAAAUGUAGAGAUUUCUUAGAAUGCAUGAUGAAAUUGAUUUAGAAUUGGUUGAUUGACAGAAUUGUGCCAGAUGCAGAUCCCGAUUUUACAAUGGGCGGGUGGAAUGAUGGAUUUAUAAAAUAAGUGGUUAAAAAUAGGCUUAAGGAUGAUAAAGAUAUAGACUUUAUUUUGGAAUAUAUUUACAUUUCCAAUUAUUUUUAAAAGUAUUUGAAAUCGAAAUACAAUUAUAAUGAUCCUAAUUGA